AUGAAGCUCACCGACCUUUCCCCACUCCUCCUUCUCCUGGCCCUCUUCCAUGCCAUCUCCGCCACCAUCUCCGCCACCAACUGCGGUAUCCCCGACAGCGAAGAAUACUGCUUCGGCACCCGCUACAACUCCUCGCUUGUCUCUAAGUAUCCCUGCGGUGACUCCCGUCUCGGUCCUGCCCGCUUACCCACCAAACACGACGAGGAACCCGUCGCCCGCGUCGUCGGCGCCAUACUGUCCGACUACAAUCCCUUUGGCGGGCUGUGUCCGGGUGCCUUCUUGGAGGCAUGGACGAACGCAACGAAUGGGCGGUGGAAGUACCCGCCGCAUAACGGGUUCAAGCUUACUUGGGAACCGCUUGAUGUCAUGAUCCUGCCAGUAGGCUCGUUGUUGGAUCGGUUUGGGGAUGAGGGCGGAAAGUUUCUGAGUCCCGUGGGUGUACAGUAUAGGGAGCGGGCGAUACCUCCGGGUAAUUUGGCGACUCGGGAUGCUGAUUCUGCAUACCCGUACAACUACCAUGUGUACACGGUGAUCAAGCCGCUACGUGUGCUAUCCGGGAGGAUUGAGCCGUGGUUUGGACAGCCCGGAGACGGUGUGCAGUACAAGCUGGAUGAUGAUAUUACCGUGUGGUCGUUGGUUGAGGACAGAUAUCUGCAGCCGGAGAAUGCGUUGGUGCGGCUUCCUUGA